AUGUAAUCCUGGUAAACUUGUGCUCUAUCUGGAGAGUUGAUAGAAACUCCAGUCAUAUCUAAAGUGAGCGGACACAUUUAUGAAAAGAGAUUAAUCGAAAAACACAUAGAGAGCACAGGCACAUGUCCAAUAACUGGAAGACCAUUGAAUAUCGAAGAUCUCAUCGAAGUGAAAGUAUCUAGAGUUUAGAAACCAAGGCCAGUGACAGCCACAUCAAUACCGUCGUUAUUGUCAUUGCUAUAAAAUGAAUGGGAUGCAUUAUUAUUGGAAUAAUUUUAAUUAAAAUAACAUUUAGAAUAAGUGAGACAUGAAUUAACACAUGCAUUGUAUUAGCAUGAUGCAGCUUGUCGAGUGAUUGCUAAAUUAAUUAAAGAAAGAGACCAAGCUAGAAUAGAAUUGUCAUAAUUAUAGCACAAAUUAAAUCAUAAAAUUGAAGUAGAAGCAAAUAAUGCCCCUGAGAAGUUAUCAUCAAAUUAAAUUGCUGAAAUUGAAGAAAAUGCGAUUAAAUUAACAAAUCAAAGAAAAGCCUAAAGAAAGUAAUAGUCGUACUUCGAUUAAUUCCCAGGCCCUGAAAUUCUAUCAAAUUAUGAUGUAAAAUAAGAAUACCAACAAACAUAAGGAGGUACCUCCUUGGAUACAAAAGACAAUUAUGUGUUAGUAGGUGGAUAGGCUGGAUUAAUCUAAUUGUACUCUCAUGAAAAAUUAGUUUAUUCUGCUUAAGAACAUACAUAGUCUAUUACUUAAGUGAAUUUCUUUACUUAUGAUGAGCAUCUUAGGUUUGUGUCGUCUUCAUAAGAUGGAAAUCUCAAAUUAUACUAAUUUAAUUCUCAAAGUUAGGAAGGUUAGGUUACUUAAACUAUUAAUAUCGGAUAAAGUGUUACAGGAGUUGCAAUCCAUCCAUUAGGAUAUGUUGCUAUUAUAGUAACCACUAAUGGAGUAUUGGCAUAUUAUAAUUUAAAAAAUGGAUAGCAAUUGAGUAGAGUUACUGACUUUGAAGGUUAAUGUUAAUUCACUUCAAUAUCUGUUCAUCCUGAUGGAUUAUUAUUGGCUAUUGGAUAGGCAGAUUCCUAAAUUAAGGUUUGGAGUAUUGUGAAAAGUCAAUUGCUGGCCCAAUUGGAAGGAUAAGAGGGAGCUGUCACGAACCUAUCAUUUUCUGAAAGCGGAGCAAAUUUGGCUUCAAGUAGUAGCAGUGAAGUUAAAGAAUGGGAUUUAAGACGUCCUGGUUAAUUCUCAAAGAUUUAUCAAGGCCAAAAGAUCGUUGUUUUAGGUGGUUUAUCUUAUGAUCCAUCAGGAUAAUUUUUAGCUGUCGGUAGUAAUAAGAGUAUUCACUUUUUUGAUGUUAAGAAAAAGUAGGAAUUCUGCAAAAUUGACAGUCAUAGAGACCUUGUCACUGGCAUUAGAUUUGGGCAAUUAAGCAAGAAUAUCUAUAGCUGCAGUGUUGAUAAAUCAGUAAAUAUCUAUGGUAACUGA